CCUACGCCAGACGCCAGUGUCAGCAGCCAGUGUUCGCUGCGACUCCGAACGGGUGGGAUGUUGUCGCGCGCUUAACUUCAGCUGGCUGAGAUCGCAGAAUCCCAAAAACGUUUUUUCCGAAACGCGCAUCGCAACUCGCAACUAAGUCGUUUCUAGUCAGUAUCAGGUAUCGUGCGUUCGUGUUUGCACGACGACAUCGAAUAAGAAAAUCGCUGAUUGUGAUCAUCGAGAGUACCGUCGCACGUUGCGAGCCGCAUUGUGUCACGGUGUGUACAGAGCAUAUACGCGAAUCGCCGGCGCUCGAAAGGGACAAACGGUUCGAAAGAGGAAGUGAGAGAGAAAAAGAGAGAGAGAGAGAGAGAGAGAGAGAGAGAGAGACCAGGCGGGCGUGAAAGAGUGACAGAGAAGCAUCGACCGAGGUCGCUGUCGCGGAGAAAGGAAAGGCGGAAGGAUUAUAUAUUCGGACAAACAUGGCCACUGCGAUCGACGACCGGCAGGAGCUAUUGGAGCAAUUUCAAGCGAUCGACGCGAACGGAGAUGGCUUCAUUAAUGUCACUGAACUGCGAAGCGCACUGGACGUUUGCGGUUUCAAGAUGCCAGGCUACAAGGUGCGUCAGAUGAUUGAGGAAUACGAUGAUAAGCAGCGACUCGAGCACAGAGGUCGUCUUUCCUUUGAGGAGUUCGAGAAACUUUGCAAGGAGCUCAAGGCCAACGAACUGGGUUCUACGUUCAAACAUGUCGUUUCGAAAAAGGAGAACCUUGAGACUUUAGGUGGAAUUUCCGAGGCAUCCAGUGAAGGCACCACACAUUCCGUCAGGCUCGAGGAACAAUUGGCGUUCAGCGAUUGGAUCAACACCAAUCUCUUACACGAUCCGGACCUGAAGCACCUGCUGCCUAUCGAUCCCGAGGGAAAGGCGCUGUAUGACAAAGUUAAAGAUGGAAUUUUGCUCUGCAAAAUAAUCAAUCAUUCCUGUCCGGACACUAUUGAUGAGCGCACAAUUAACAAGAAGAACCUAACAUUGUACAAGAAGCACGAGAAUUUAACACUAGCGUUGUCUUCGGCUCAAUCCAUUGGUUGCAACAUCAUAAACAUUGACGCCCACGAUCUCACGAAAGGUUCGCCCCAUUUGGUGUUGGGGCUGCUCUGGCAGAUUAUCCGAAUUGGCUUGUUCAACCAGAUUACUCUCGAGAAUUGCCCUGGUCUUGCCACGCUUUUGCAAGAUGGCGAACGAAUCGAAGAUCUGCUAAAAUUAUCUCCGGAGGCCAUUCUUCUUAGAUGGGUGAACCAUCAUUUGGAGAACGCUGGCAUUGCCAGGCGGUGCAACAACUUCCAGUCCGACAUCACGGAUUCCGAGAUAUAUACUUAUCUUAUCAAACAGAUUGCGCCCAACUCGGCUGGCAUCACCUUGGAAGCCUUAAUGGAACCCAACCAUACGUCCAGAGCGGAGAUCAUGCUUCAACAAGCCGCUAAACUAGGCUGUCGUAGCUUUGUAACUCCUAGCGACGUCGUAAACGGUAUUUACAAGCUUAAUUUAGCCUUCGUUGCCAAUAUGUUUAACAACUACCCCGGUUUGGACAAGCCAGAAAGCAACAUUGAGGGUUUGGAGUCUCUCGAGGAGACGCGAGAGGAAAAAACCUAUAGAAAUUGGAUGAACUCGAUGGGCGUAAUGCCUCACGUCAACUGGCUCUAUUCAGAUCUGGCUGAUGGUCUGGUUAUCUUCCAGCUGUACGAUAUUAUUAAGCCGGGCACUGUGAAUUGGAAUAAAGUGCACAAAAAGUUUACGAAGCUCCGAAAGUUCAUGGAAAAGCUGGAGAACUGUAAUUACGCCGUCGAGCUGGGCAAACAAAUGAACUUUUCGCUCGUGGGUAUUGCCGGACAGGACAUCAAUGACGGAAACGCGACCCUGACGUUGGCACUUAUAUGGCAAUUGAUGAGGUCGUAUACAUUGUCGAUCUUGACGUCUCUAGCUGGUACUCAGGGAAGCAACGUUGAAAAAGAAAUCGUCCAAUGGGUAAAUUCUAAACUUCAGACGGCUGGAAAAACUAGCAGCAUCAAGGGAUUCCAAGAUUAUGCGAUAUCAGACGGCAAGGUUGUUCUUGAUCUUAUCGAUGCUAUCAAACCCGGCUCGGUGAACUACGAUCUUAUUAAGGAAGGCGGGACUGAAAAGGAGAACCUGGAUAACGCUAAAUACGCGAUAUCAUUAGCGCGGAAAUGCGGCGCGCGUGUCUAUGCACUGCCGGAAGAUAUCACCGAAGUGAAGCCGAGAAUGGUAAUGACGGUAUUCGCCUGCUUGAUGGCCAUGGACUACAUCCCGAACAUGGAUUCUGUGAAAAAUCAGCCGAAUAACGUGAACGAUGGCCAAUAAUGUUGACGCCUAUUUGUUCUACUAUAUACUUUUUGUACACAGAAACUUUUGAACCGGCCGUAUCGCUUUGCACCUCUUCCACGAGCGUAAGACUUGUAUAUAUGUAGUUUAAGUUAGCUUGAGAAAAGUAGUACCAAGGAGUAUUACUACUAGAAAAAGUUGACAAGACGAGAAGAACUCGAGAACUUGAGAAUCCCGACGAGAUAAAAGAUUCCCGUUUGAGCGAAUAGUCGCGCGAAAUAUGGCAAAAAUCAUGUGUUUGACGAAAGAAAUUAUUUUACCGUCAAAUUUAAAUAUUUCUUAACUCUAUAAAAUAUAAGUAUAUAAAAUAUCAAUAUAAUAGUGCAUUUGUGAUACUUUAAAUAUAUAUACAAUGUAGUAAGAUUUUCACCUGCAAAAUAAACGAUCGAAAUUUGAAAUAAUUUUGAAAUUAAAAAAAUGGAUUUUUUAUAUUAAAGUAUAAGGUGACCAGACAAUUUCUCAACUAAACUAUUUAAGAUUCAUGAUAUGCCGUAUAUUGAUAUUUUCGUAUCAGACAGUAUAUUAUAUAAAGAGUGUGCAAAUUGUUUUGAAUUAGUGUUAUUUAGCUGUAAAUUUUCUCGUACAUGGUGAUUGAUUGUCGUGUUAUUAUGCAAUGUGGGAUUCUUCAUUCCCAUCGUUUUUGCAAUCAUAUCACUUGUUUCCACUUUAUAUACUACUUGUCACAUUGUAAAAAUCAAUUUUAUACCGAGAAGUGGGCAAAUAAAGAACACGGUAAAAAUCAUCGAGAAAUAUUUACAAUGCAUACCGAAAUAUUUAGAAAGGUGAAUAUACACAGGAUAUUCAAUUCGACAUUAAUUUUAACGAUAAAAGAUUUUGAGAAAAGUUCUCUAAAUCCAAGUUUAAUUAGCGAGAUACACUGAAUGCAGAACUUUAAAAGUAUAAUAUAUUCCGAUAAAUGAUAACUUUUCUAGAAAUUUUCUCUUAGGAAAAUUGAUUUUUGAUUUGAUUCGAGAAAUUAAGGAACAUUUUGUAUAUAUAUUUCAAGUAAAUAAAUCGUCUGGCGCAAAGUGAAUGAAGUUUGACAUGAAAUUUAAAAACUCAUAUUAUAUACAGUAUAGAUAUAAAUAUACUUAACACAAUGUAUACGUACGUAUAUUUGAUAGUAUAGAUGUAAGAGACUUGUGAUCUGUUUGAAUUAUUAUUUUACGCGCUCUCAGUGAUUCGCAAUGUUUAUCAGAGGAUUAUGAUACUCUAAAAACUUGUUAGUUCAGUUUCUUGCGCAUCAAUAUCACAUAAGCGGAUUUUAUAUCGAGCAAGUAAUUUACAAUGAUUAUACAAAUUACACAUCAAAUAAUAUUUUUUUAUAUACAUAUAUUAUAUGAGAAUAUUGAUAAAUUUUUAUAUAUUUUGUCUGGCUCUAAACAAAAAUCCGUUGCUGAACUAUAAAGUGAAGGCUUCUGAUAAUUCAUCGUUGAAAUCUGUCGCCACUCUAGCGCGGUAACAGUUUCUAUGACAUUCAUAUAUUGGAGACGACAUAUUAUUCAAAAAUAUCAGUCGAUUAUGUGCGUCAUUAGUCGCCAGAUUAUGUGCGUUGUAAGUGGACAGGUAAUGAAUAAUAAUAAUGUAAUCAUAUUGACACAAAAAUUAUUAUAAUCGUGCCAUUAUUACUACUGAGGUGUAAUUUGAUAUUUACAUAAUAUUUAUAAUCAAUUCGAAAAUCGGAACGUACUUAUGCAACUAAUAGUUAAUAUUAAAAUAUUCGCGAUUGCUCUUUGCAAAUAAAAAGUAAAGUGUAAAUUAUGUCUUCUUUUUUCUCUCUCUCAAUUUUGCAAGUUUAUAUAACGCGUUUUGUGUGUGUAGCAUAUGCAGAUUGCAAAAAAUUAAUCGUUUUCAACAAAUAAAUGAUUCUUAUGUAUGAAACAAAGUCGCAAAAUAUAUCAAAAUGAUUAGAAUUCUUUUGAGAAAAUUUUAAUACGAGAGGGAGGGGCGAGGGGGAGAUAAUUUCAUCAUAUAUAUUACAUAUAAUUAGAAUUUUUAAUUAGGACUUUUUUAAUAGAAGAAGGGGAGAGGAAGAUAAGAAGAAUUAAAAGAAAUUUAUGAAAAAUUUAAUAUACUUUGCAUAAUUAUCAUUGAGACUUGAAUUACGAUAGAUCAUUGGUUAAUUAUUAUUAUAUUCAGAUGUUAAUUCAUUGUAUUAGACGAUAUAAGAAAUUAUAUACGAUGAAUAUAACUAAUUGUAAGUGCAAUGCGUUUUAUCGGUAUAUUUGUAUAGAUCAUUUUAUUGCAUUAAAUUUCUUCUCUUAAGACAUCAUUGCAUUAUUAUUCCAAGAGCAAACAGUAGAUGCGUAUGAACGCGUGAUUGUAAUGUAUUUAUGUAACACGUAUUAGUAAAAAAAAUUGCUUGGGAUAAAAGAAUAGAAAAAUCGAUUUGUAAUGCAAACUUGGAAUAUUUAUGUUAUGUAUUUAAUUAUGUUCUUGUAUCAAUCGCGCGAUUUGGAAAUUCUCAAGGGCUAUUGGCAAUUUGACUAAUUAAAGCUAAGUAUUGCAAUCAUUGAAUAACAAUCUGAAUUUACAAUGAUCACUGUAUGUGUGCGUGCAUUUCAUAUAUACACAUAUAUACGCGCUAAUACGCACAUAUACACGCAUACUAUGUAUAUUGUGUGUGUGUAUGUACGUGUCAUGCGUCCAUCGUGUAGUUAUAACUUAACGUGUACGUAAUUUAAAUAAAAGAACUUUAUUAUAUAUAA